CGGUAGGUACAUAAGGUACGCGUGCAGUACUGAAGUGUGUGUGUUGAGGCUUAAGUGGUAUGUACUAACUGGCGGGGUUUUAGCGGUCUUGGCGCCCUGAGCUCCGGGUCCCGCUCCAGGGGCUGCCCAUCGAGGUCCCAUCCGGCAUGGAGCUCUGCCGCGCAGCCGUGGGGCUUCCGUCCCCGAAAUUUUUGGGCAACCUUGAAGACCGCACGCAGUCCCCGCGCCAGCUCGCGCCUAGCCAGGCCGCAAUCCGGACGGCAGACCACGACCAAUCGCCGGACCUACCCAAUCCGCCUCCCGAUCUUCUCGCGGCUCCUCCGACGACGCCGGUCGACCACACUUCAAAAUGACGGCAUCUGCGCUGAGCAAGUGGCCAACGUGCCUGGCAUGCUUGCGCCGACUUGCACAACCCUUUGGCGCCAGUCAUGGCGAGCCCCGCGCUCGUGCUGUACCGGUGGCCCGGCCCAUUGUCCACAUCCAGACUCGGGCCGCGUCACACAGGAUGCGCCUUCAAGAUCAGGGCGUGGUUGUCCGCCUGCUCGAAGACAUUCCAAAGUUUGGUCGCAAACAUGCUAUUUUCCGCAUUGAGCGCGGCCGUAUGCGCAACGAGUGGUUCCCCAAGAACAAGGCAGAGUACAUGACGCCUGCUCGCUUCCAAGAGCUCGGUCUUACACGCGACGCCAUUGGCGAGGUCGACCGCUCCUUCGUCAUUCUGAGCGCCCUCGAUGCCGCUGCCAGGCCGAAGCCUGCGGAGCAAAAGACGGAAGAACCAGUCCCGGAAGUCCAGAUCCCCCAAGUCAAGGUUCCGGACGUUACUCCCGAAACUGCUCACGCCCUGCUAUCCGAGCUCGUCCCUAACACCCUCACCUUCCACCGCGAACCUGUGCCGAUUACAAUUCCUCAGCCGAAACCCGCGCAGGAGCCCAAAAUCUCGCCUCUAAUUGCCAGGCAUGCGCCGGCGUCCACGGCCGAGACCCCUUCCACAGACAAGGCCCAGAGGGCCAUCUUUGGCUCCGUCUCGAGCAGCGAUAUUCUCAACCAGAUCAAGGCCCUGAUUUCUGGCCAUGAGGAAGCUAGCCGCAUUGUUCUUGGACCAUCAAGCGUCAAGAUAGUGGGCUUGGCCGAGGACAAUGAUCGCAUUAGACAUCUUGGCCGAUGGGAGAUUGAGAUCGCGGUUGCUAGAGCGGGUUCCGGCCUGGAGCCUGUUCGCAAAUCGGUCGAGAUCCUGCCCAGCGCCCAGUGAGGACCGAAGGUCUUCCAGCUUUCAGGUGGCCUGCGCACGUCACGCAGCCAACGUGUCGUGUGUUGCGGAUGAGACACGCCCUUACGCUCAAGCCGGCAUCUUAGCUACCCAUGUAUAUGUCUUGUACACUAACAGACUUGGCCCGUCCUUUCAUCCGUUUUGUUCACUCACCCCAACUAUGUAUGUGAAGAUGGAUUCACUGGAUUACUUUAAAAGUGUAUACUGGGCCAGAAUAAUAAACAUAUCCCAAAACCCAC